AUGGGGAUGCGGGGCCGCCGCUCGGCAGCCGCGGGCCGGAGCUCCGAGCCACCGCCGCCGUUGCCGCCGCCGCUGCUGCUGCUGUUUCUGUUGCUGAUGGCGGUGCCCGGCUCGGGCGCGGCCCAGCGGUCUGCGCUGUACUCGCCAUCCGACCCGGUGACGCUGCUGCAGGCGGACACGGUGCGCGGCGCCGUGCUAGGCUCCCGCAGCGCCUGGGCGGUGGAGUUCUUCGCCUCCUGGUGCGGCCACUGCAUCGCCUUCGCCCCGACGUGGAAGGCGCUGGCCAACGACGUCAAAGACUGGAGGCCGGCACUGAAUCUCGCUGCCCUGGACUGUGCUGACGAGACCAACAACGCAGUCUGCAGAGACUUCAACAUCCUUGGCUUCCCGACCGUGCGGUUCUUUAAGGCCUUUUCCAAGGAUGACGUGGGAACACCUCUGUCAGUGGCUGGGGCAGAUGUGCAGGUCCUACGGGAGAGGCUUAUUGAUGCGCUGGAGACACAUCGUGACACUUGGCCCCCAGCUUGUCCCCCACUGGAACCUGCUAGGCUGGAAGAGAUCAAUGGAUUCUUUGCAAGAAACAACGAAGAGUACCUGGCCCUGAUCUUUGAAAAGGAAGGCUCCUAUCUUGGUAGAGAGGUGAUUCUAGACCUGUCCCAGCUCCACGGCUUAGCGGUGCGCAGGGUCCUGAACACGGAGGAGGAUGUGGUGAGCAAGUUUGGCGUCACUGACUUCCCAUCUUGCUACCUGCUGUUUCGGAAUGGCUCUGUCACCCGCGUCCCUGUGCUUGUGGAAUCCAGGUCCUUCUACACAGCUUACCUGCGGAGGCUCUCAGGGAUCACCAGAGAGGAGGCCCAGACCACAGUUGCCCCAACUACAGCGCACAAGAUUGCCCCCACCGUUUGGAAGGUGGCAGAUCACUCCAAGAUCUACAUGGCUGACCUGGAAUCUGCUCUACACUACAUCCUGCGGGUAGAAGUGGGCAAGUUCGCGGUCCUGGAGGGACAGCGCCUGAUAGCCCUGAAAAAGUUUGUGGCAGUGCUGGCCAAGUAUUUCCCUGGUCAGCCCUUAGUCCAGAAUUUUCUGCACUCCACCAAUGACUGGCUCAAGAGGCAAAAAAGAGAGAAAAUUCUCUACCGUUCUUUCAAAAGUGCCCUGGACAACAGAAGGGAGGGUGCUGUUAUUGCCCAGAAGGUGAACUGGGUUGGCUGCCAAGGAAGCGAGCCACAUUUCCGGGGUUUUCCCUGCUCUCUCUGGAUCCUCUUUCACUUCCUGACUGUACAGGCAACUCGAAAGAAUCUCUACCACCCAGAAGAAACAGCCAAUCCCCAAGAAGUCCUCCAAGCUAUCCGGGGCUACGUUCGGUGGUACUUUGGCUGUCAAGACUGUUCACGUCACUUUGAGCAGAUGGCCGCUGCCUCCAUGAACCGGGUGGAUAGCCUGGAUGGUGCUGUACUCUGGCUCUGGAAGGGCCACAACAAGGUCAAUGCUCGCCUAGCAGGUUCCCCCAGUGAGGACCCCCAGUUCCCCAAGGUGCCGUGGCCAACACGUGAACUCUGCCCUGCCUGUCACAAUGAGCUCCGGGGGGAGCCAGUGUGGGACCUGGGUGCCACCCUGAGCUUCCUCAAGGCCCACUUCUCCCCACAAAAUGUGGUCCUGGGCCUUCCUCGGGCUGGGCCGGGCCUCCGAGUGAUUAGGGAGCAGGUGCCUGAAGUGCUGGAGCUGGCCGCUGGAAAUGCCACUCUGAGCCCUGAAGAGGCUGCAGCCACGAUGGGCCCAGGGACAGAGUCCCCCAGAAACACCAUUCCAGAUGUUCCAGCUGAGGACCCUGGCCUGGAUGUGAUGAGCGCUGCACCUGGCCGUGCAGAGGAGCUGCCUGAAGACAAGGAGGAGCAGCCCCAUGGGCGCUGGCGCCUGACCAAGCGAGACACAGGGGCAGUGCUGCUGCCCAGGUUGCGGGCUGAUAAGGACCCCAUCAGGGGCACUUGGGAGUUGAGGAGAGUGGGCCGCAGUUCCAAGCAGCUGGCCAGCAUCUCUGAGGGGGAGGCUGAGCCUGGAGCUGGGCGGGGCCGACGCCAGUGGCUACAGGUGCUAGAAGGGGGCUUCUCUCACCUGGAUGUCAGCCUCUGUGUGGCGCUCUACUCCUUGUCCUUCAUGGGCCUGCUGGCCGUGUACACAUACUUCCGGGCCCGGAUGAGGGCUCUGAAGGGCCGUGCCAGCUACCCCACAGCAUGA